AUGGUUGUUCAGAUCUAUGUGGAUGACAUAAUUUUUGGAGGAACUUCUCAAGAGCUAGUUGAUGCCUUUGUUGCAAGCAUGACGAGUGAGUUUGAGAUGAGUAUGGUGGGAGAGCUCAAGUACUUUUUGGGACUUCAGAUCACACAAUCUGAGGAAGGUGUUUUCAUAUCACAAAGCACCUAUGCCAGAAAUCUCUUGAAGAGAUUCAAGCUUGAUUCAGCCAAAGAAGCAAAGACCCCAAUGAGCACAACCACCAGCCUCACGCGAGAUGAUGAGAGAGCAAGUGUCGAUCCAACCUUGUAUAGAGGAAUGAUUGGGAGUCUCCUCUAUCUCACGGCAAGCAGACCAGAUCUGUGCCUGAGUGUUGGCAUCUGUACUAGGUACCAAGCUAAACCUAAGCAAUCGCAUCUUGAGGCGGUAAAGAGGAUCAUCAAGUACGUCAAGGGCACAGUUGAGUUAGGCAUCUGGUACUCAAAAGGAUCGAAUCAGAACCUAGUGGGAUACUGUGAUGCAGAUUGGACAGGAAGUGCUGAUGACAGGAAAAGCACCAGUGGUGGGUGUUUCUUUCUCGGAAACAACCUCAUCUCGUGGCUCAGCAAAAAGCAAAACUCAGUGUCCCUCUCCACUGCUGAAGCAGAAUACAUUGCCAUGGGGAGCUGUUGUAGCCAACUACUGUGGAUGAAGCAGAUGUCCGCUGACUAUGGAAUAGAUUCAGGUCCAUUUCUUGUGUACUGUGAUAACAAGAGUGCUAUAAGCAUUUCCAAAAACCCAGUACAACACUCAAGGACCAAGCACAUCGACAUAAGACACCACUUUAUCCAACUGAUACAGGUACAGGCUCAGGAUGAUCAUAACGUUUCGAUUCAGCCUUGA